AGACUGAAAACGUUUCAAUGUGUGAAACGAUUUAUUAGUACAGUUGAUUCAGAUUGCUUUGAUCAUGGGAUAUAAGUAUGUGAAUUGGUGAAGACGUGAAAGAUAUGUGCAUAUAGCUGAGCUCUCAUAUUGGUUGGUUUGAAUAGCCCAUUUACCGGGUAGUGCAGGAUGACGUCGACAGGAGUGGUUCAGCACAGGCAGUUGCUGCAGGCAUCAGAUCCAGACUUCUCAUCUGGAUUACAGGACAUGAAUGUCAAGUCUCUGAUGGAUCUGAUCACGGUCAUACAGCAGGAAAUGAAGAAGGAACAAGAGAACUUUAACUCCCUCAGUGAGGAGUUGUCUACCCUGAAAAGGUCAUCCGGCCAGUAUAAGACUGUCUCCCGAGAGAUGACUGCCUCCCAGGCUCGAUUGACACUUCUUAUGGACAGGAGUAUGAAAUGCUUUUCACAGCAAAGCAGAAAACAAGACAAACCUAUUGCAAAGGCAGGCAACCGCAAAUCAGAGCCUGUUAAUGCACAGGGUUUAAACCAGUCAGGAAACAGGAACAGUGCUCCUAUUGUAGCCAGUGCUAACUCUAAACCAGUCUCAAACACUCAGCCAAUGAGAAACUCUGGAACAAAUUCAAAUGUGUCAAAUAAUAAAACUUUAAUAAAAGUGCAAUCUCUGAGGCCAAGUGGUGUUAAUGUGAAAGACAGAUCUGAAGUCAAUGGUGCCAAUGAUGAUGAUAUUAAUAGAUUAAGUUUUACUGAGAAGAAAACUAUUGUUAACAGUGCUUUGGAUGACAGUACGGAAACAAUUAAACCAGAAAGUAUAGAAUCAGGCCAUGCUACCGUUAUGAAUGGUACUGCAAUUUCAAAUGGUAAUUCAGACAGAAAAGAAACUAAAGUGAACAAAGACAUACCAGCAGAUAGCAAACCAAAGACACUUGGACCAAUGGCUGACCAACAGAAUAAACCUACAUCCAAAAGUUUAGACAGCCUUCAAAAGCCUGAUGUUGUUAAAAGUAAUGUCAAAAUAGGUAAGCCUUCCUCUAAAGUAGUAAUGAAUGCAGACAAGCAAUUGGUCGAUUUAGACUCCUUUACUGAUAGAAAGAAUAUGCUUUCAGAACUAAAAAACUUUGACAAACGGUUGAAAUCUGCUCCAUCAAAGGAGAAAGUAACUGAGGUGAAAUUAAAUCUUGGACAGGGUAAUGACAGUGAAAUAAAACAAGAAGAAAAAAAUGUCAGUAACAACAACUCAUCAACUAAACAUGGUCUUCUUGGAGAUAUUAAACUUGGAAAGAAACCAUCUGAAGUGAAACAAACUAAAGCUGAAAAUACUUCUGAGAGCAGAAAUUUGGAAACAAAUAAAAAUGCAAAUGAUAAUUUACAGGCACAGUUAUUUGAUAACCUUUUAGACGGUGUAGAUAAUAAGAGUGAAGGCUCUGAUCACAGUUCAAACAGUUCUCCACGAGAAAAUAUUGAAGCUUUUAAUGUUCACAAAGAAGAGGACCUCAGUACAAGGAAUGAUAGAGACAGUAACAUGGUUGUAUCGGAAAAUACUGAAACUCUUCAAAUGGAGGUAGCAAACAUGGCAACUGCAGGGGAGAUCACUGUUGGUCAGUCAAGGAUGAUAACUACGGUUCCUGAAGAAAGUGAUGACUCACGGAGCCAGGGUUCUGAGAUGUCUCAAGAUGAUGAUAGAUUCGUGACCGAGUUCUCAUUUCCAGGAAUUUCAAAGCCAGUCAACGAUCAAGCCCCUGUCACUACAGCAGAAAGAAAAGAAGUGCCUGUUCCACCAGCCUCUAAAGCUAAGAUUGAAGAAAAUGGUGCCAAGGUCAAGGUCACUCAGAGUGAAAGGUCAGCAGAGGUCAAGGUCAGUCAAGGUUACGGAACACCAGAAGUCAACGAGGAUGGCGAGGAACUGGUCAAGGACACAAGGGUCAAAUUCAGGGACUGGGAUCCAGUAAAAGUUCUUGCCAAGCUGUAUGAGAUCAAGAUGAUGCCGGAUAAUAUAGAGGACAUAUCCCACAAAUUUAUUGGCAUGGAAGGUCUGAUGGAAAAGCUGCCGAUGAACAAGAAAAAAGCAACGCUGCUCAAGACAUGGAAACGAAGAUUCUUCAGGGCUGAAAAUGGAUGGUUGCACUACUUUGAGUCCGGAGGUCGGGACAAGCCAAGUGACAGUCUGCAGCUAAUGGGCGGGAAAGUGGACGAGCUAGGGCCCCGUGUCCUUGGUGUUGAUGAUGGGCGAGGGAAGUACUUGAUGGUACGCGUGCCAACAGAUCACGAGUACGGGCAAUGGAAAGUUGCCCUGGAGUCACAGACAGCAGACAAUGUGAAAGCUACAUACGUGAGACCGGCACCUGCAUCCAUGCCUAACCCUAAAAAGAAGGUGAUCAUAGUGGACAUUGGAAGCAGUGGGAUAAGAGCCGGCAUUCUUGGGGAGAGACCAACCCUGCCUCAGGUGUAUUUCCCGAGUGUUGUGGCUGUGAAUAAGGAGUCAGGCCACAUCGUGGUUGGCCCUGACGCCUUCAAACCAGAAGUUCGGCACACGUCUGAUGUUGUAUACCCGAUACAGCCUACAAAUAAAGUGGACAAGUUCAACAUUGACAUGUCUGUGAUGACGGCCAUCCUGAAGAAAGUGUUCACCGAUCUCAAAGUGGAUCCAACUCAUUAUAUGGUAAUGUUGAGCACGCCCCAACCUCUAGGGCAAAAGCUACAAGAACGACUGAUGCGUAUCUUGGUAGAUGAGCUUCACAUGCGAGGUGCGUGUAUGGUCCAGCAGGCACUGCUUGCUCUGUACUCAUACAACGCAAUGUCCGGCAUCAUUGUCGACAUCGGUGAGAGGCUGGAUAUCAUGCCGAUUUAUGAAGGAGUGUUGAUCGAGGGAGGUGUGUCCCGCCAAGCGUAUGGAGGUGCCAAGAUCCAGGACUCGCUUCAUAUAGCUCUGCUGGAGAAUCGCUACAGAUUUAACACACCUGUAGAGAGACCUCUGGUCAGAUACAUUGCCGAACAGGCAUGCUAUGUAGCAGAGGACUAUAAGGCAGCAAAAACACAGUGCGACAAAGACCCGGCCUCGUACAGACAAACAGUAGAACUCGCUCAGUUUGACCUGCCAGAAGGGGCACACAGCUCUGUGGAUCUUGACUAUGCCUGCUUCAAGAGUCCCGAGGGAUUCUUCAACACAGAGAUGUGGGAGAUGGAUUACAAGAAUCUCCAGAAACAGAUCUUCCACGCCAUACAGCAGUGCCCCAUGGACUCGCGUAAACAUAUGUAUAGGUCCAUAUAUCUGAGUGGCGGUGUGACAAUGGUGCCUGGUUUUGCUGACCGCCUCCAGCAGGAACUUGUGAAACUAGCCCCGCCCUCUGUUGUGGUGGAGGUGCAUGCUUCACCCCAGCGCUACCAUUCAGCCUACAUUGGUGCCUGCUCUGUGGCUUCCAUGGACAUUUUUGAACAGAGCUGUGUCUCUGCAGAGGAGUGGAAGAAGCUGGGAGUCAAAGCCUGUUCAAAGUGGGGAACCAGCUGAUCAUGUGAUACACAAGUUGUAAUGAUGUCAUCAAUAUUUACUGCCUGGAAUUGUAAUUAAUAUCUGAUCAUGAUGUCAUUGAGCUGUUGUACCUGACCACAAAUUGUGAUGAUGUAAUAGGUAUCAACUGUGAAUUAUAGGAAAUGCCAGAUCAAGUACCAGUACAAUUAUUAUUGAAAAGUUAUAAGUUCUGUCCUGUUGGUAUGGUGAAGUAUUAUAUAAUAGUUAAUAAGUUAAUUGGUACCGGUACUCAAUAUCAAAUACAUUCCAAUGGUUAUGUCACUAACUGGCAUAAACAUUUAAGAUACAUAUAGGUUUUUAGUCUUACUUAACACACAUAUGCAGAUAUAAGAAGAUUGAAUGUGAUGUUAAAAUGAAACAUCAUUGAGUCACAUCAAUGCAGGCAUGAUUAUAGCAAAAAUAGUCAUGCAUUCUUUAUGUGCACUAUCGGUUGAUGACAGGCAGAUAACAUUCACUAUAUGCGGUUUGGCUGACAAUUGUGUACAAUUAUUACCAGUAAUAGAUAUUAUUUUUGUUGAACAUGAUAUAGGACUACCGAUAUAUCGGCCAUUUUUAAUGUAAAUUUUGUACAUGUUAUUCCAUUUCUGUAUGUGACAGUAACAUUCCAACUGAAUCAUUUACAAUCAUAUGAACACUAGCAUUCAUUCCAUAUAUCUGCACCGAACUUUUAUAAUUGUGCAUAAUUUUGCAGAAAUAAUAUAUUUAUGUUCAAUAUUUUUACAUGUUAUGUUGUCAGAGAUGAUCAUUGUUGUUGAUGCAUAUAUAUUUCAUAGGAAAUUUGUAUGUAUAUUUUAAUCUUCAUGUACAUGUCCAUUUCAUAUCUGUUCCAUUAUGGAUGUACAUUAUCAUUGUGUCAAGAAAUUUUAAAUGUGUAUGAUAUAUUCAUAAAGUGAACCUUUUGUGAAGGUAAAGAAUGCAAUAUGUGAAUCGCAUUACGAAUUUGUAAAAAAGAAGAAGAAUAUAUUGUUAUGUAUUCCAUUCUGAUAUACAGACAUUGUAAAUACAUGUAGACCCCCUUAGUUGUAAUUUAUAUAUUAUAUUAUUACCAGUAUUUUACAAUUUAGAAGCCAUUACUGCCCUUAUGUUUAUUUGGUGGCAGAAUGGAAUUACGUAUACCCAGUUAGCCUUUACAAUUAUAAGAGUCUUAAUUAAUGCAGGAACUAAUGUAUAAAUACAUGUGUGUGGUUCUGGGCAAAUAUUCUACAUGUUUAACAUGAGAUAUAUAUGCAAAAAUGCUAGAUACCUUAUACUUUACAUAAGCUUUAUUCUUUGUUAUGCUUACAGCUUAUGUUUAUUCAAAUUAUCAAUAUUCAGAUCAGUUAUAUGACAUAUCAGCAAUUGUAUUACAGAACAUAUCAGUAUCAGCACUGUUGUUAUUGUUACAAAAAUGUAUGGGCUGUUGUUUAGUUUGAAUUAUUUAUUUGAUUUUGUACAUGUAUGUCUCAUGUUGGACUGGUCUUGUUUUCAUUCUCAUUAAGCUUAUGUUUGCUUAUCUGCAUGUAGCGUGUAUUUUGAGAUUGGUUAUUUGGUCAAAGAGCAAUAUGCAUUCUUGAUGUGUGUUGAUUUUUAUUCUGUAUUCCUUUAUUUUUUCUCUUGAUAACAUAAUUAAUAGAGCUUUAGAAAUGUAAAUGAAACAUGUUUUAUUUUCAUCUUAUACCAAAACUUGUCUGUCUUUGAUCUCUGAUUAUCUUGAACUCUUGAACAUUUAUCUAUCAUUUACCUGUCAAUUGUUAGCCAUAUUUGCGAUAAAAAGCUCAUUUUCAGUGAAGGGCUGUUCCUUUGAUACAGUUAUGUAUGUUUGGUACAUAGGGGUUAUUAUGACAGUAUGCUUUUCUCACGUCCUGUAUCACAUUGAGUUGGGUGUGUCAAUACGUAUCCGUCGAGACUGCAUAGUGGUCAAGACAGAUGAAUGUUUAAACACGGAACAUGAUGAUUGGUCCAAGAUGUGAUACAGGUCAUCAGAAAAGUGAUAUAUCAUAAUAAUAUGUAAUUAUAUGUCUGCUUUGAUUAUUUCCAUGUUUAAAAACACUGAUAUCAGCUUAUUCCUCUGAAAUUGCACAUAUGUUUAUCACGAAAUUUCCUAGAAUUUCCAUUCAAGAAAUUCUAACUGGUUGAUAGCAAUCAAUUUUAAAUAUAAAUCAGCAAUUGAAUUCAAUCAAUUGUUUUCUUUGGAAAUAUACAUGUGUAGUAUGUUCCUGUUAUUUAUUAGUGCCAGUACAUUAAUAAUGUAAACAACUGAAAAAAACAUCAUAAGUAAACAGUAUAAGGUAGCAUGAUAUGGGUUUUGAAAACGACAGUAGAGUGAUACAAGUGUUUUAAUAAGGCAUGCAGUAUUUAUACUGUUGGAUAUGGAAAAGGAAAUUGAAAGGUAUAUGAGAAAUUCUGAUACCCUUCCUUUUGUACAUUAUAAAGAUGUACAUGUUGGUUCUAGAUUAUGUAUGUAUGUAAGAGUCCAAAGGAAUAACAAUCAAUUGAUUAAAAAAAAAUUACUAAAAAAACAAAUAUGCAACAGGUAAUUUAACAUUUAUGUUCAUUACUAUUGCCUUAAAACUUUGCUUUAUAAUCUUAAACAUUUCUGAAUAAGUUAUCAUAGCAACUUGUAAGAGCUUUAAGCCAGCCAUUGUAGGUCUCUGUGAUAGAAACACUGUUAGUUAUUUUAUUUAUUUGGAGUUGUUGUAUAUUGUCUUUAUUGUACACAUUGUAUAUAUACAUGUUCUCAGCAAUAUAAAUAAAUAGCCAUAUCAAA